CUCGCUGUUGCCAUUGUCCUGGCGGAGUCUCAAUCGCAACUUUCCGCAGGAGAAGAAACCCGCAAGAACUAGGGGAACAGGGUCCGGCUGCGCUUGGCAGAGAGGCCGAGGAGAGAUGGAUUGGUUGUCAUUUCGGUGGCUCAGGAUGGAGCUGAGGUCUGAGAUGCCCAGCGUGCCCUCGGCGCCCGCUCCGGUGCCGCCCAGCUCGGUGGCGGCGGCCGCGGCCGCAGCGGCGGCCAGCCUACCGGUGAGCGUGGCCGGGAGCCUCCUGCGGGCGCCGCCGCUGCUCCUGCGCGCGGCCGAGAAGUACCCCCGCACGCCCAAGUGCGCCCGCUGCCGCAACCACGGCGUGGUCUCGGCGCUCAAGGGCCACAAGCGCUACUGCCGCUGGAAGGACUGCCUGUGCGCCAAGUGCACGCUCAUCGCCGAGCGCCAGCGCGUCAUGGCCGCCCAGGUGGCGCUGCGCCGGCAGCAGGCGCAGGAGGAGAACGAGGCCCGCGAGCUGCAGCUGCUCUACGGCACCGCCGAGGGGCUGGCCCUGGCCGCCGCCAACGGCAUCAUCCCGCCGCGGCCCGCCUACGAGGUCUUCGGCUCGGUGUGCAGCGCAGACGGAGGCACGGGGGGCUCAGAGGUCAAGCUGCAGAAGUUCGACCUGUUCCCCAAGACGCUGCUGACCACCCGGGCCGCCACCCCGCAGCAGGCCAAGCCCCUGUCUCCGGACGGCACGGACGGCGCACCGGGCACCUCGUCCCCGGAGGCGGCCCGCCACGGCUGCGGCUCGGGCUCGGAGAACGGCGACGGCGAGUCCUCGCUCAGCUCGCCCGUCUCGAAGGGCGCCAAGGACGGCUGCGCGGCCGAGGAGGAGAGCCCCGGCUCCAUCAGCCCGCUGGGCUCCGACUCGGGCUGCUCUGAGGCGGAGCGCGAAGAAGCGGGCGCCCCUUCGCCCGGGCUUGCGGCGGCCGUAGCGGCGGCCGGAGGCAGCCGGCAGCAGCGGACGCCCUUGGACAUCCUGACGCGCGUCUUUCCCGCCCACAAGCGCAGCGUGCUGGAGCUGGUCCUGGCCGGCUGCGGCGGAGACGUGGUGCAGGCCAUCGAGCAGAUCCUCAACAACCACCACCAUCACCACCGCGGGGCCGGCAGCCCCGGCCAAGGCCUCGCCGUCGCGGCGGCCGCCGCCGCCUCAGGACUGAGCUCGGCGGGGCCCGAAAAGGCUAGCGACGAGAGCUGGGCUCGGGCUGCCGGGGACACGACGACAGGGCCUCUGGGCGGCUUGCAGCCUUCGCCCGCCGGCGCCGCCGCUCACCACCGCCCCCUGCUGGCCGGCGCCAUGACGCCCGCCAUCGGCGCGCUGGGCAGCCGCUCGGCCUUCUCGCCCCUGCAGCCCAACGCCACCCACUUCGGCGCGGCGGCGGCGGCCGAGGCCAGCGCCUACCCUCUGGGCACGCACCUGGGGCUGAGCCCGCUGCGCCUGGCCUACUCGGCGGCGGCGGCGCACAGCCGGGGCCUGGCCUUCAUGACGCCUUACUCCACAGCCGGGCUCAUGCCCACGCUGGGCUUCCGGCCGCCCAUGGAGUACGCCUUCAGCGACCUCAUGAGGGACAGAUCCGCCGCCGCAGCCGCCGCAGCCGCUGCUGCCGCCGCCGCCAGUGCGCACAAGGAGCAGGCCUACCCCAACGGGCUCUACGGGCCCUUAGUCAACAGCGCCCCAGAGAAGCAGUAGGCCAGGACAAGGCCGCGCACCCCACACGAACCCCGGGCCUGCUUCUUAUACACGUGUAUAUAGACAUGCUUCGAAGAAAGAUAGACUGUGCCGACACCAACGGAAGGGAGGAGGAGAUCCAUGCCUUCAGCCCACGGGCUGAGUGACAUAGGCCUGACCAAGAGUUUUAUAUCCCGCAGGGAUCGCAGCAGUUCUUAAAAUAUAAUUUACACUCGGAUGUUAAACGCAUUGCUCAGAAAGUAGUUCUCUGGGAAGUAAAUCAGCGGAGUUACUUACAGGUUUAAGCUUGGAGGCGAGGCUGCCAUAGGAAUCCUGGCAUGUCCCGUUUCGUCUUCGUAGAAGCCAGUAUAAAGAAGGAAGUUUGGGGUGGGAGGUUUAGAAAGCGAUUUAGAGCAGGUGGGGUUGUUUCAAAAGAUUGGCGGCUGCAAACGCCAGUAAAAUGCAUUCGGACACCAGUUGCUCGGAAUUAUUUCCAUUGCCUUUUUCCCCAAGCCCUGAGUUCCGAGUGGUUUCUGGGUUGUCAGGAUUUCGUUUAACCCUGUUCGUUGCAACGAAAACUGGUCAAAUAUGUGGGAGAUACUUCUAGGUGUUCUGAAGUUUUUUGUCCCCCCCCGGCGUAUUUCCAUUGUUAUAAAGUUGUCAGCCAUUUUUAUCUUUUUGCUUAUGCUCAUAAAUAAGCAUGGAUAUUCCUCUUGGUGCGUUGUGAGAUUGAUAUAUAUAUGUAUAUACAUACCGAGAUAUAUACACAUAUAUACCAGCAAGUGUAUAGUAUAAUGUUAUCAAAUGGAAAUCUUAAGUUAUUAAUGUAAUUUGUAGGUGAUUUUAGUAUUAACGGUAAAUUAAAAAGUUAGUUUUCAGUUUAAAACACACCAAGCAUAGAGAUUAAAUAUAUUGUAAAUAAUUUUAACGCUUCUUUUUAUUCACUCACUGAGAGGGGAAAGAUACGAUUUGUAAAUAAAUAAAGUUGAAAAGUAGAUAUAUUUGCAAUUGUUAUUGGACUCAAUCCAAAGCCUGUGCUUGACACCGUUUUAAUGCGUGACCCGCAAGAAAAAAGAUAUUGGUUCCAGUGUAGCAAACUUCUUGCUGUUUCAAAAAGUUUUUGUCUUUUUCGCUGUUUUCAUUUCAUAUAAAUCCUAGAAAUAAAUGUUAUUUUGUAUUAAAAGUAGCCUUCUCAAUA